CCGGAUUUUAAGGAAGUAACGAUAGAAAUACUCCUAGAUACCAGGUUCGUAAUUCUCGCACAUAAUGGAAAACAAAAUAGAGGGAAAACGUUCGAGUUCAGGAUCCAACCAUUUAUUGCAGAAGAUAAGAGAUUUUACUCGUUCUAUUGUUGAAGAUCUUUCUCUUGGUCGUUCUCCGGUGAUUUACAUUCAUCGUUUCCGUAAUUACUGCACUGAUACUUCAGGAAACUGCUAUUGCAGCCAUGACUCAAUUAAGGGAGUGGAAAUCCUCACACUACAAAGAGAGUGCCAUGCACGUAGGUUGGAUAUUUUAUUGCGAGUGCUACUUAUUGUUCAACAACUUUUGCAAGAGAAUAGACAUGGGUCAAAGAGAGACAUUUAUUACAUGCAUCCUUCUGUGUUUCAAGAACAAUCAGUUGUAGAUCGAGCUAUUAAUGACAUCUGCAUCCUUCUUCAGUGCAGUCGCCACAACCUAAAUGUUGUCUCUGUUUCAAAAGGAUUGGUGAUGGGUUGGUUGAGAUUCUCAGAAGCUGAUAGGAUAAUCAAUUGCCUAAACCACCCUGAUCAUGCACACUCUAUUCCAGUACAUGUAGAAGAAGUAAAAGAUAUAAUGAGUGUUGCAGACUAUAUACUAGUUGUGGAGAAGGAAUCAGUAUUCCAAAGAUUAGCAAAUGAUUGUUUUUGCAAGAGUAAUCGUUGCAUUGUCAUCACUGGAAGAGGUUAUCCUGAUAUUCCAACAAGAAGGUUCUUGAGGCUACUAAUCCAACAGCUGCAAUUGCCAGCUUAUUGUUUGGUUGAUUGUGAUCCAUAUGGCUUUGACAUCUUAACCACAUAUCGCUUUGGCUCAAUGCAAAUGGCAUAUGAUGCAAAGAUACUGAGGCUUCCUGAGAUUAAGUGGCUUGGAGUAUUUCCAUCAGAUGUAAAGAAAUAUAAUUUUCCACAACAAUGUCUCCUCCCUAUGACACCCCAAGAUAAGGUGAAAACAGAGGCAAUUUUGAAUCGAUGUUAUUUGCAAAGACUAGUGCCAAAGUGGAGGUUGGAACUAGAGUUGCUGCUGAAAAAUGGAGUAAAGUUUGAGAUUGAAGCAUUAUCUGUGCACUCACUUAGCUUUUUAUCAAAAGAGUAUUUACCAUCCAAGAUUCAAGGGUUAUUAUCUGAAAGUCCAGUUCAACUAUGAAUACAGAUGAAGAUGAUUGAAGUCUUUUAGGUUAUUUCGAUCCCUGCUGAGCUCCCUAAGAAAAUAAGAGGCCUAGCAAAAAACAUUCAAUUAUCAAAGAUAAUAUGGCAAACAAGGGAAAGCCUGUAGAUUUGGAUUUCGACAGGGAGCUGACAUAUUCCCCUGUCGGGAACCAUGGUAAUUGGUUUACCCGUGAGAUUGGGAAGUAUAUAUGGAUGAACAUCCCUUUGAACGUAUCUGGUUGGGACAAUGUUUCCCUCGCUUUAAGGAAUGCCACAGUGGUUCAUUUAAAUGUAACUUGGACAAUAUUUUAAAUUUAGUUCUAAUUGGUAUUUAACUAAUUAACUUUUUUUGUAUUUGUAGAAUAAGUUUGAUUUAGAUAAGGUUAACUUGGAUUCCGAGCGUGCUCAGUUAUUGCAGAGCAUUGAUGCGACCUUGCAAAGAAUUUAUAGAGGCCGGAAAAAUAAACCGCAUACGUAUUUUGAGAAUGUCGGGGGGGCUUAUAGAUAUCCCAAGGGCAUUA